AUGAACCACGUCAAGUCGGCUCUUCUCUCAGGCCACCGCCCGCACCGUCUCGCGGCGGCGGCGCCGCAGCAGCUGGCGGCCACCGCGUCGUUCCACUCCACGCCUCCCCUGCAGCGGAAGCGCAAGACCCAGUGGCAGCACAUGCUUCUGAAUAUUGGGUUCCUCAAGGUGAAUUUGGACGUCCUUAGGUUCAAUUUUUAUGCAAAACGCAGGAGAAAUAGAGACACAAAAAGAACAAUGAUACGGAAUAUGUCUGAGUAUGCGGAGCAGCUCUUCAAUAGUUGGCGUGAUGAAGAUGAGAAAAAAGACGCAUCUAGUGGACCUUCAUGGUUUAGAGGACAUCGUUGGGUCAGAGAUUCGAGGAAUAAUGGUUUCCGUCCACAUGAGUUUUUUUACGAUACUGUCAAAAGCAGGGGGGGAUUUGAGUUUUGCACAAGCGAUGAUGAUGAUGAACCAGAGACUGUUUUUCGCAAUGCUUUUCGUGGGAACCAGCACACAUAUUAUUGGUCUUUUGAAUCUGAUGAUUUUCCAAGGAGGAAUUCAAGACGUUCUCAUUCAGAAAGUUCCGGACACUGGAGUUAUGAAACAGACGAUGAGGGCGAAAUAUCCACCCAGACAGAGGUAUCUGUGGCGCGUCAGGCUCUUGGAUUGAGUACUUCUGGCCCACUAAAACUCGAAGAUGUUAAAAGCGCAUACCGGACGUGUGCACUUAGAUGGCAUCCAGAUCGUCAUCAUGGCUCAUCGAAGGCUACCGCAGAGGAGAAAUUCAAACGUUGCAGUGCAGCAUACCAGACUCUGUGUGAUAGUUUGGCUACUGCAUAA